CCAAAAUCAACAACAAUUAAUAACAGAUCUCACCAACCCAAAUUCAACACAAAAUCAACAAGAAAAUUCAUGAUUAACAGUGACUAUCACAACCCAAAAUCAAAACAAAAUAAAUGAAAAAUUCCACGAUUAACAGCAAUUGCUCCAACACAUUCUGGGUUUGGGUGAUUCCAUGAUUGGGGGAAGAAAGCAACUUUGGGCAAUUUUGGGUUCGGCAUUUUCGGGCAAUUUUGGGCGAUUUUGGGUGUAGGAUUUUGUGGGUUUCGGUGAAAAUGGCAAAGAAAGAAAGAAAGCCAGAACAUAUAGAGAAGAAGGGUGGAGACGAGGAGCAACCGAUUGGGCAUAGGUUUUCUGGCGAAGAUGGUGAAGAUGGUGAAGAAAGAAAGAAAGACCGAAGGUGAGUGAAGAAGAGGAACAGCUGGAAGGGUGAACUGGUGAAGACGGUGAAGACGGUGAAGAAGGGCAGGGCAGGGGCUCCGUUCUGUGGUUCAGGGAAAGUGACCAUGAGGAAGAAAGAAAAGGAAAUAAAAGAAAGAGUUAAAA